CCGACCUCCUCGCCCGCCUCUCCCCUCUGCCGCUCACACAACCUCGAUGGGCUGGAAAGCCCCGCAUCGCACCGUCACCUGGCGGCGCUCUCGGCCAAUAACACCCCGAAGCGCUGGCUGUCGCGCUCUGUGAUUGGCUGCGGGGACAGGUGGGGGCGGGCUCGGCGGGGAGCAGCAGGCUGCGUUUCACCGGCCGAGAGCGGUCUUCUGCUCUGGAUCUGGUUCUCUACAGAAUGAAUACUGAAUUGUGAACCUUCCAGUAGAGAAGAUCAGCGUGUAUAUUUAUAUAUCAACAUCUUAUUUUCUUUUUCCUGAAAGCUUCUGCUCAGCAUCUGAAGUUUAAUCACAAUGAAUUCAGGCUUAUGGAGUCAAGAAAAAGCAAGUUCAUCAUAUUGGGAAGAGCGCAUCUUUUACUUGCUUCUCCAAGAAUGCAGUGUCAUAGACAAGCAGACUCAAAAGCUCUUGAAAGUGCCCAAAGGUAGCAUUGGGCAGUUUUUUCAAGACCGUUCUUCUGUGGGACACUCCAGAAAUAUUCCUUGUAAAGGCAAGAAAUUACAGAUUGGAUUAAAGAUUUUGGAACAACCUCAUGCAAUCCUGUUUGUGGAUGAGAAGGAUGUUAUCGAAAUAAAUGAAAAGCUAGCUGAGUUGCUUUUGGCCAUUACUAACUGUGAGGAGAGAUAUAGCUUGUUUAAAAGCAAAAGCAGGUUAACUAAAGGCAUCCAAAUAGAUAUUGGCUCACCUGUUAGAGUACAGCUUCGGUCAGGAGAUGAUAAAUUUCCUGGAGUUGUUCGCUUCAGAGGACCCUUGUUGCAAGAAAGGUCCCUAACAGGAAUAUACUUUGGAGUAGAGCUGCUGGAAGAAGGUCGUGGCCAGGGCUUUACUGAUGGACAGUACCAAGGCAAGCAGCUUUUCAGAUGUGAUGAGGAUUGUGGAGUUUUUGUUGCUUUGGACAAACUGGAGCUGGUGGAAGACGAUGACAAUGAACUGGAAAGUGACUAUGCAGCUCCAGUUGAUGCAAUGCAGGUAGAACUUCCUCCUCUGGAGAUCAACUCCAGGGUUUCUCUGAAGAUAGGAGAGAGUAUAGAGUAUGGGACAGUUAUAUUCUGUGAUGUCUUACCAGGAAACGAAAGUUUAGGAUACGUUGUUGGAGUGGACAUGGAUAAUCCUAUUGGAAACUGGGAUGGAAGAUACAAUGGAAUACAGCUGUGCAGUUUUGCAAGUGUUGAAAGUACACUCCUUUUGCAUAUCAAUGAUGUUAUACCAGAGACUGUAUCACAGGACAGGAGGCCUCCCAAGCUUGCCUAUACCUCAAGAGGUGGUGGUGACAAAAGCUUGUUCAAUCAUAGUAAGCCAAAGGCAACAGGGUCUACCUCUGAACCUGGAAGUAGAAACAGAUCUGAAGUCUUCUACACAUUAAAUGGCUCAUCAAUUGAUUCUCAACCUCAAACAAAACCAAAACCUCCAUGGUAUAUUGAUGAAGUUGCUGAAGAUCCUGCAAAAUCACUUACUGAUUCAUCUUCUGGAUUUGGGCAUUCUUCACCGCCACUGCAGCCACCUUUGACAAACUCUGUGUCUACAGAAAACAGAUUCCACUCCCUCCCCUUUAGCUUGACAAAAGCAUCAAGUACUAAUGGUACUAUCGGACAUAGUCCCCUGUCUUUAUCUGUUCAGUCUGUCAUUGGUGAUGUAAAUACUACGGCUAACCAGGAGAGUCCAUCAACAGCAGGCCCCAUCGGUAACUCUCAUGGUCUUGAAGCAGGCUCCUUGGCUGAAGUUAAAGAAAAUCCUCCUUUCUAUGGAGUAAUCCGCUGGAUUGGCCAGCCCCCUGGGGUGAAUGAAGUAUUAGCUGGACUGGAACUGGAAGAUGAAUGUGCAGGUUGUACAGAUGGAACAUUUAAAGGAACUCGAUACUUCACUUGUGCUCCAAAGAAAGCUCUUUUUGUUAAACUCAAAAGCUGCAGGCCAGAUUCCAGGUUUGCAUCGCUGCAGCCUGUCUCCAACCAGAUUGAGCGCUGCAACUCUCUAGCCUUUGGAGGUUACUUAAGUGAAGUGGUAGAAGAAAACACUCCUCCAAAAAUGGAAAAAGAAGGUUUAGAGACAAUGAUUGGAAAGAAGAAAGGUAUCCAGGGUCAUUACAACUCCUGUUACUUAGACUCCACCUUAUUCUGCCUGUUUUCCUUUAGCUCUGUUUUGGACACUGUGUUACUCAGACCUAAAGAAAAGAAUGAUGUAGAGUAUUACAGUGAGACUCAAGAGCUGUUGCGGACAGAGAUUGUGAAUCCUCUUAGAAUAUAUGGAUAUGUAUGUGCUACAAAAAUAAUGAAACUGAGGAAAAUACUUGAAAAAGUUGAAGCUGCAUCAGGAUUCACAUCAGAGGAAAAAGAUCCAGAAGAAUUUUUGAAUAUUUUAUUUCACCAUAUUCUAAGAGUUGAGCCACUGUUGAAAAUAAGAUCAGCAGGUCAGAAAGUACAAGACUGUUAUUUCUAUCAAAUUUUUAUGGACAAAAAUGAGAAAGUGGGAGUUCCAACAAUUCAGCAGUUACUGGAGUGGUCAUUCAUCAACAGCAACUUGAAGUUUGCAGAGGCACCCUCUUGCCUGAUUAUUCAGAUGCCUCGAUUUGGAAAAGACUUCAAAAUGUUCAACAAAAUUUUUCCAUCCUUGGAGUUAAACAUAACAGACUUACUUGAAGACACUCCCAGGCAAUGCCGUAUAUGUGGAGGGCUUGCUAUGUAUGAGUGCAGAGAAUGUUAUGAAGAUACUGAUAUUUCUGCUGGAAAAAUCAAGCAGUUCUGCAAAACCUGCAACACACAAGUUCAUCUUCAUCCCAAGAGACAGAGCCAUAAAUUCAAUCUGUUGUCACUCCCUAAAGACCUGCCAGACUGGGAUUGGCGACAUGGCUGCAUCCCAUACCAGAAGAUGGAGUUGUUUGCUGUUCUCUGCAUAGAAACAAGCCACUAUGUAGCUUUUGUUAAGUAUGGGAGGGAUGACUCCGCCUGGCUUUUCUUUGACAGCAUGGCAGAUCGGGAUGGAGGUCAGAAUGGCUUUAACAUUCCACAGGUUACACCAUGUCCAGAAGUUGGUGAAUACCUGAAGAUGUCUCUAGAAGAACUACAUUCACUGGAUUCCAGAAAAAUUCAAGGAUGUGCACGAAGACUGCUUUGUGAUGCUUACAUGUGCAUGUAUCAAAGUCCAACGAUGAGUUUAUACAAAUGAACAAUGUCCUCUGGAAAACUGAAGAAACAGUAAAGAGAUUUCUACUGUUGCGUUUGCUGCAUUUUUUGGUUAGUUUUAAUGCAACCGUUGCUGGCAAUGGAUGCGAUGACAAGGAAGAAGUGGACUCUGAGAACAAAAGGAUUACUGUUCCAAAAACUACAUGUGGAGUUCUGUAAUUGAAGUAUUUAAGCAUUUUGCACUCUAGGAAGUGUGCUUGUGUGUGUUUGUUUUAUAAACAAAGUCUAAAUGAAGUUACUAAAACUUAAAGCUUUAAGUGCAUUGAUAAUAUACAGACUUUUAAAAAAAAAAAUCUUUAAAGUGGAGUUUUAUCAGGAGAAGCCUCCUUAGUCCAUUGAGAGUGUAAAGAUGCAGUGCUAUUGCGCAGUGUAUUUCUAUGGACUAAGGAUGAGUGUCGUAUUUCUUUCUCCUCUCCCACCUUCCCCAGCACUGCUCCUCACCCUUGAUCUUUUCAGCACCGUAGAUUCUCUCUUCAAGAGAGAACUUCAGUUUUAAGAACACAGAUUUUAAAGUGUUCAUUGUAAUUAAUUCUGUCCUGUUAGCUGUUCAUUACUGCAUUCUCUUCAGUUCAUGCGUUUAUAUCUCUGAAAAAUUCACAUCCAUUUAAAUAUCUGAAUUCCUGUCUUGUGAAAAUCAAGCACACCGAUUUGCUGUUUAAGUUGAGAUUUUUGGAGAGAGAAAGAGGAGAAAGAAGAAGAAGGUUUUGAGGGGAAGUGUAAUGGCUGAAACAAAACUACCAAUGCAAGGUAACAUCUUUUCCUAACUGUAUUUUUAAAGGAAGCAGACUGGAACAACAACAACAUCAACUGUGUACAAAUGGUUGGAGGACAAAACAAUAAAAUAGAGAAUUGCCUCAGGGAAUGUUACAGAAGUGGACUCUGGUUCUUGGUGAAACAACACUGACUUUUAUACAGUACAUUAAGCUACUGCCUGGGAAUAUGUUACACAUCUGACUCUUCAUUUCAGGAUUAUUAAUGACUAUUAAAAAUCUCUGGAAAGAUGAAACCAGAAAUAAAAGUAGAUAAGAGUUUUACUGUAUACCAAGUACCUAAUGAGAACUAACUCAAAGCUGCAAAACCUGUAUUGGUGUAAAAUAUUAUUGGUUAGAACCAAGUUUAUUGGUUCUUGUUUGUAAUGAAAUACUGUUGUUUUAGCUGCUUUUUUUAGCUACUGCUGUCUACUCUGACUAGCAAACAUUAUAUAUAUAUGUAUAUACACACAGUAAAAUCUGGCUGUACAAACAUGAUAAAUUGCAUAUAGAGAGCGCUGUACAUUUUCAACUUCUAGGAAGCUUUCCAUACAAAAGCAUCUUAUGUGGGAUUGAGUCUGUAGAAGGAAAGGUCACAAAAUGUAAGAGGAAAAGUCAUGUGUUUCAUUGUUGUAAAGACAAGGGAGAGUGAUCCUAUGUUGUAGAAAGUGUUACUUUGUGCUUCUUGGGAGAAGAAAAAAAAAAAACCUAAAAUGUGUAUUUGGCACAUGCUGUACCACAGUGUUGUACUAGAGCAAGAUAUGAAAAUUACGCUUGAAGUAGCUAGCUGUCAGCUCUAAGAAAUGUAGGUAUGUUGAGAGUGUUGAUCUGUUCCGUUGGCUGCUGAUGAAGUGUGUUUUAACUUUUCACUGUGAAGAGCAAGGGAAGUUCUUUAAGUGUCACUGCUGCUUUUGCCUCUAAUCGUCUGGAUUCCACCAUCCCAUGCCUUACUUACCUAGUCUGUGCUCUUUGGCAAAACUCUGAUUCUCUAGUGUCAGUAGUACUUUGAGCUCUUGAACUGUUUCUCUCCUGAAAAAUUUCAGUAAAGCUUUAGGUGAUGGAUUCUGUACGUAAACAGCUGUCACUAGAAGGGGUUAUUGUCCAUGGGCUCUUAGGCUGUGUACCAGCCUGCUCUGGAAAAGCAGCUGCAUGCACUUACAUGUCUUGACAAAGAUGCCACAGAAGCACUGCAAGGGAAUACAAGCUGUGUGGUCUCUUUUUAACCUUCUGUUUAUUAAUGUAACGUGAGCAUGAGGUAUGAUCAUCCUUCCUUUUGGCUGCGUAUUGAAGAUAUGCAAGAUCAUGCCCCUUUGUGACUGAACCUGAAAGUACUUGCAAGUAGCAAACGUAAAGGCUUUACAGAUGGACAAGCACAAGCCCAUGUAAAAAUGCGACCAGUCUGGAUUUCUUCUCCCUAGAUUUACUUUUCACUUUUCCCUAUGCAUUACACUUCAUAUGGCAUAACAGCAGCCUUCUGCUCUUGAAUCAGCUGCUUCUCCUGCCUCCAUCUCCCUGCCUUCAUCUGUACUGAAAGCUACUAAAGUUGUAGGUAAGCCUUACCUCUUCCUGCUGUAAUUCAGAGACCGUUGGAACAGCUGUGGCUGGAGGGGAGGCUUGGGCCUGGCAACCACAUUAAAUUUUUCUAGAUGAAUAAUCCUGUAGCAAAGUAUAAUCAACUGUUUUUCACAAAUGCAACUAUCCAAUGAUCCCCUUUUUUUUUUCAGAAUGCAUAUUUUAUUAGCAGAAGUAUAUUAAAAUAGAUAUGUGUACAUAUCACUCUUGGCUUCUUGACUCUAAUCUUCUGGUCUUAGACUGGAAAUGUAGAAGUGUGAACUUUUACUGGGGUAUGUGCAGAACACACAAAAAACAGUUUAAAUGCAUUACUGUGCAUGCUUCUUGGUGGCAAAUACUGCAUUUUUGAAAUGCAGACAAUGUUUUUCAGCCUGCAUUUUGUACAACUUCAUUUUGUAAAACCGCAACUAGUUUUGCAAACGGUGUGUGACUACAUGGUUAGUUUAUUGCUCAUGAGCUAAGAGGGCAGGGAUGUAUUCUAUGGAAUUAAAAAAAAAAAAAUUUUUUUGAUAAGUGAGUCUUUUUCCUUUUAAUCUAAAAAUCUUUUAAGUAUUACUUCAGAUCCAAUGCAAUACUUAAAGUAUUAAUCUGGCAAUGUAAAUGAAAUGGAAACUAAUGUAAUGAAAAUGGAAACUAACCCUAAUUUUGGUUUUCUUUCUCAGAAAAGGAUUAUGCAGGAGAAAAAAACUCACUGUGAAAGGAAACUUGUAAAAUAAGUCAUACAAUAGGGUGAUAAACUGUUUUUUGCCUUCAGCAUAUAUUGAUGGGGAAUUGAGUAAGGUAGUUUGAAGAAAGCGCCUGUAUUUUAACACAUCCACUGCUGGUAAAUGUAAUGCCCAAAGGUUCCAGUGACUAAGCACCCACCUUUUAUGUAUUUAAUGCAUUUGGAACCUCCCUUUCAGUUUUCUCUUUUUUUUUUAAAUACGGUGGACAUACCCAUAAAUUGACAGCAGUUAGAUGAUUGCUUCAUGGGUUUGCCUCUUAAGCAUUGCUAACAAUGGUCUUAUACUUAGGAGCCACAGUUUGUAUGUGUUUUGCUAACAGCAUGUAAAAAAAACAGAAGCAUCUUUUCUUACCUCGGGAGAAAAAAAAUGCACUCCUGGACAACUCUCAGCCUCUAAUCUGCUUUUUUUUUUUUUUUAAACAGCUUUACAUUUCACAUCAGUGGAAAAUUGAACAAAUCGCUGCAGUACUUAAUGCUUAUUUUGAACCUACGCGAUAGAAAGAAAAGGUAUUACUUAAAGGUGAUACCUUACACAUUGCUGUAAAACAAAGGCAAACAAACAAAAAAAAAAACACCACCAAAACCAAAGCACCAUAGGCUACAUCAGAAUGUUGGUAUCUUUAGCUGUUGGAGGCAACUGGAGG